GUGCUCUCCCACAGCCCUGCGCUCGGCGGAGUGACCCCGCCGGGGCGAGAGAUCCCGGCCCGCCUUCGGCUCUCAGACAGAGGUAUGAAGAUGAAUAAUGCAGACCACUGGUUUCGAUGAUGCUGGGCUUUUAUAACUGGAUUCAUUAAGGAAUACAAAGAAAAUUCUUACAGGGAUCAAUAAUGGUGUCUUCUGGCUGCAGAAUGCAAAGUUUUUGGUUUCUGCUCAUUAUCAGCUUCCUGCAGUGUACUGAAGGUUUCAGCCGAGCAGCUCUACCAUUUGGUUUGGUUAGGAGGGAGCUGUCCUGUGAAGGCUACUCCAUUGACCUCCGGUGUCCAGGCAGCGAUGUUAUUAUGAUAGAAAGCGCUAACUAUGGACGGACAGAUGACAAGAUUUGUGAUGCUGACCCUUUCCAGAUGGAGAACACAGAAUGCUUCCUUCCAGAUGCCUACAAAAUUAUGACACAAAGGUGCAACAACCGAACACAGUGUAUAGUAGUUACUGGGUCAGAUGUGUUUCCUGAUCCUUGUCCUGGAACUUACAAAUAUCUAGAAGUUCAGUAUGAAUGUGUUCCUUACAAAGUGGAGCAAAAAGUUUUUGUUUGCCCGGGGACGUUGAAAGCAAUUGUGGACUCACCGUAUUUAUAUGAAGCUGAACAAAAAGCAGGUGCGUGGUGCAAAGAUCCUCUCCAGGCUGCAGAUAAAAUAUACUUCAUGCCAUGGACUCCAUACCGCACUGAUACUUUGAUAGAAUAUGCUUCUUUGGAGGACUUCCAAAACGGACGCCAGCAGACAACAUAUAAACUCCCGAAUCGAGUGGAUGGUACUGGAUUUGUAGUGUAUGAUGGCGCUGUCUUUUUUAACAAGGAAAGAACUAGGAACAUAGUAAAAUUUGACUUGAGGACUAGAAUUAAGAGUGGAGAGGCCAUAAUCAAUUACGCUAAUUACCAUGACACCUCUCCCUACCGGUGGGGAGGAAAGACUGAUAUUGACUUGGCAGUUGAUGAAAAUGGCUUAUGGGUAAUUUAUGCUACAGAACAAAACAACGGGAUGAUAGUAAUUAGCCAGCUGAACCCCUACACCCUGCGCUUUGAGGCCACCUGGGAAACGACGUACGACAAACGAGCAGCAUCAAACGCUUUCAUGAUCUGUGGUGUCCUGUAUGUAGUGCGGUCGGUGUAUCAGGACAAUGAGAGUGAAACUGGCAAGAACACCAUCGAUUACAUCUACAACACCAGGCUAAGCAGGGGCGAGCACGUGGACAUUCCUUUCCCCAACCAGUACCAGUACAUUGCUGCAGUGGAUUAUAAUCCCAGAGACAACCAGCUGUAUGUAUGGAAUAACAACUUCAUUCUGAGAUAUUCUUUGGAGUUUGGCCCACCUGAUCCUGCCCAAGUGCCUACCACAGCAGUGACAAUAACUUCUUCAGCAGAACUAUACAAAACCACGGUGUCAACUACUAGCACUACAUCACAGAAAGGUCCCAUAAGCACAACAUUAGCUGGAGGAACAAAGGAAGGAAGCAGAGGACCCAAGCCACCACCACCUGUUUCCACGACCAAAAUUCCUCCUGUCACAAGUUUUUUCCCCUUGCCAGAGAGAUUCUGUGAACCCACUGAAGCCAGGGGGAUAAGCUGGCCUCAGACACAAAGGGGAAUGAUGGUUGAACGCCCUUGCCCCAAAGGAACACGAGGAACUGCAUCGUAUCUCUGCGUGAUCUUAACAGGAACAUGGAACCCCAAAGGCCCUGAUCUUAGCAACUGCACAUCACACUGGGUAAAUCAGCUGGCUCAGAAGAUCAGAAGUGGAGAAAAUGCUGCUAGUCUGGCCAAUGAACUGGCUAAACACACCAAAGGACCAGUCUUUGCUGGCGAUGUCAGUUCAUCAGUGAGACUGAUGGAGCAGCUUGUGGACAUUUUGGAUGCUCAGCUGCAGGAACUGCGACCCAGUGAAAAAGACUCUGCUGGAAGGAGUUAUAACAAGCUCCAAAAACGAGAGAAGACAUGUAGGGCUUACCUUAAGGCAAUUGUGGAUACAGUGGACAACCUGCUCAGGCCUGAAGCUCUGGAGUCCUGGAAGGACAUGAAUUCUUCAGAACAAGCCCAUGCAGCCACAAUGUUACUCGAUACAUUAGAAGAAGGGGCUUUUGUCUUGGCUGAUAAUCUCUUAGAACCAACUAGAGUCUCAAUGCCCACAGAAAAUAUCGUUUUGGAUGUUGCAGUGCUCAUUACUGAGGGCCAGGUGCAGGACUUGAAAUUUCCUCAGGGCAGUAAAGGAGGCAACUCGAUUCAGCUCUCUGCAAGCACCGUGAAACAGAACAGCAGGAAUGGAUUAGCAAAACUGGUUUUCAUAAUUUACAAAAGUUUGGGGCGUUUUCUCAGUACUGAAAAUGCAACCAUAAAGCUAGGGAGUGACUUUGCUGGGCGGAAUAGCACGAUUGCAGUCAACUCCCAUGUCAUAGCAGCCUCUAUCAACAAGGAGUCGAGCCGGGUGUACCUGACUGAUCCUGUGCAUUUUACUCUGGAACACAUUGAUCCUGACAAUUAUUUCAAUGCAAAUUGUUCCUUCUGGAACUACUCAGAGAGGACUAUGAUGGGAUAUUGGUCAACUCAAGGCUGCAGACUGGUUGACACAAAUAAAACUCAUACAACAUGUGCUUGCAGUCACCUAACCAACUUUGCAAUCCUUAUGGCUCAUCGGGAAAUUGUGUACAAAGAUGGAGUGCACGAAUUGCUCCUCACUGUCAUCACCUGGGUGGGAAUUGUCAUCUCUCUUGUUUGCCUGGCCAUCUGCAUCUUCACAUUCUGUUUUUUCCGUGGCCUGCAAAGUGAUCGUAACACUAUUCACAAGAACCUUUGUAUCAACCUAUUCAUUGCUGAGUUCAUUUUCCUAAUAGGCAUCGAUAAGACAGUGUACAAGAUUGCAUGUCCCAUAUUCGCAGGUCUCUUACACUUUUUCUUCCUGGCAGCUUUUGCCUGGAUGUGUCUAGAAGGAGUGCAGCUUUAUCUAAUGUUAGUAGAAGUAUUUGAAAGUGAAUAUUCUAGAAAGAAGUACUAUUAUGUUGCUGGCUACCUCUUCCCUGCUACAGUAGUUGGUGUCUCAGCAGCUAUUGACUAUAAGAGCUACGGAACAGAGAAAGCUUGCUGGCUCCGUGUAGAUAACUAUUUUAUCUGGAGUUUCAUUGGACCUGUUACCUUUAUCAUUCUGCUGAAUCUUAUCUUCCUGGUGAUCACAUUGUGCAAAAUGGUGAAGCACUCAAACACUUUGAAACCAGACUCUAGCAGGUUGGAAAACAUUAAUAAUUACCGUGUUUGUGAUGGCUACUAUAAUACGGACUUACCUGGAUCCUGGGUCCUGGGUGCAUUUGCUCUCCUGUGUCUCCUUGGCCUAACAUGGUCAUUUGGCCUGCUGUUUAUCAAUGAGGGGACUGUUGUGAUGACAUAUCUCUUCACAGUGUUUAAUGCUUUCCAAGGAAUGUUUAUUUUCAUCUUUCACUGUGCCCUUCAAAAGAAAGUACGCAAGGAAUAUGGCAAAUGCUUCCGACAUUCCUACUGCUGUGGUGGGCUGCCAACUGAGAGUCCCCACAGUUCAGUGAAGGCAUCAACAACAAGAACUAGUGCUCGCUAUUCCUCUGGCACACAGAGUCGUAUAAGGAGGAUGUGGAAUGACACUGUGAGAAAACAAUCCGAAUCGUCUUUUAUCUCAGGUGACAUCAACAGCACUUCAACACUUAAUCAAGGAAUGACUGGCAAUUACCUACUAACAAACCCUCUUCUUCGACCACACGGCACUAACAACCCCUAUAACACAUUGCUCGCUGAAACAGUUGUAUGUAAUGCCCCUUCAGCUCCUGUGUUUAACUCACCAGGACAUUCACUGAACAAUGCCAGGGAUACAAGUGCCAUGGAUACUCUACCGCUAAAUGGUAAUUUCAACAACAGCUACUCGUUGCGCAAUGGAGACUAUAAUGACAGCGUGCAAGUUGUAGACUGUGGACUAAGCCUGAAUGAUACUGCUUUUGAGAAAAUGAUCAUUUCAGAAUUAGUGCACAACAACCUGCGGGGCAGCAGCAAGAACCACAACCUGGAGCGCACCCUACCAGCCAAAGCUGUGAUCGGCGGGAGCAGUAGCGAAGAUGACGCCAUCGUAGCAGAUGCCUCAUCUUUGAUGCACAGUGACACCCCUGGGCUGGAGCUCCACCACAAAGAGCUCGAGGCCCCCCUCAUUCCUCAGCGGACUCACUCCCUUCUAUACCAGCCCCAGAAGAAAGUGAAGACCGAGGGAACAGACAGCUACGUCUCACAGCUGACAGCUGAGGCUGACGACCACCUCCAGUCCCCCAACAGAGACUCUCUUUACACGAGCAUGCCCAACCUCAGAGACUCUCCGUAUCCAGAGAGCAGCCCCGAUGUUGAAGAAGAUCUCUCUCCCUCCAGGAGGAGUGAAAAUGAGGACAUUUACUACAAGAGCAUGCCAAACCUAGGAGCUGGCCAUCAGCUUCAGAUGUACUAUCAAAUCAGCAGGGGUAAUAGCGACGGCUAUAUAAUUCCCAUUAACAAGGAAGGAUGUAUUCCCGAAGGGGAUGUUAGAGAAGGACAAAUGCAACUAGUGACAAGCCUUUAAUAGUGUAGCAAGGAAAUAUUAAAGGCCACGUACAAGUAUUAAAAAGACUUAAUUGGCCCCAUGCAGGCUCCCUCAUAUCUGCUUGAAGAGACAAUUCUGUUGACCCUGUGGUUCUCCAGUAACGGGGAUGACUGGACCUCGCAGUUCUGUGAAUUUUUAUAAAACAAAAACUUUGUAUAUACACAGAGUAUACUAAGAUGAAUUAUUUGUUACAAAGAAAAGAAAUACCAACAAGGUAUUUUAAGAUAUCUUCUGCUGCUGAAUUUAACAAAAUUGUGAAAAAAAGAGAAAUAAACACUUCCCAGCCAUUUUACUGCAGCAGUUUGUGAACUAAAUUUGUAAAUAUGGCUGCACCAUUGUUUUUCUAGGCCUACAUUGUAUUAUAUACAAGGCGUAGGUUCUAAAAUCCUGUGGGACAAAUUUACUGUAUCUUACUAUUCCUGACAAGACUUGCAAAAGCAGGAGAGAUAUUCUGCAUCAGUUUGCAGUUCACUGCAAAUCUUUUCCAUUAGGGCAAAGAUUGAAUACAUGUCUAACCACUAGCAAUCAAGCCACAGGCCUUAUUUCAUAUAUUUCCUCAACUGUACAAUGAACCGUUCAGAUGAAAAAAAAUGGCUAAAGAAAUUAUAUUUUGUUCUAUUGCUAGGGUAAAAUAAAUACAUUUGUGUCCAACUGAAAUAUAAUUAUCAUUAAAAAAUAAUUUUAAAGAGUUUGAAGAAAAUAUUGUGGAAAGCUCUUGGUUGCACAUAUAAGCUGGUUUUCUUACACUCUGUUCAUAGUACGGUAGUAUGUUUAAAAUGCAAGCUCUACCCAUUUUCACUUAUUUUUCACUGUAAACAGUGUUCUGCUUUGACAAGUUAGUUUUUAUUCUUACGUUUUAAAUUUUUGUUGCCAAAAACCAUCAUUUCGGGAGAAAAUUGUUUUAGAAGCCAAUUAUGCCAAGCCUUGCACAAAUUUGGUAUAGCUAACAAAGAUUGUAACUCAAUUCCCUGUUCAAUCUCCAAUCAGGGUUGGGUGGUAAGGGGUAAAGGGGACACUGGACACUUCUCACAAGCUUUCUCGUGAAUAAAAGGUGCCUGUCCUUUAAAAAAAUAAAGAAAACAUAACUAUUACUCUUCCAUAUUCCUUCUGCCUAUAUUUAGUAAUUAAUUUAUUUUAUGAUAAAAAUCUAAUGAAAUGUAAAUUGUUUCAACACGAUUCUGCUUUUUUUCAUCCCUUUGUGUAAACCUGUUAAUAAUGAGCCCAUCACUAAUAUCCAGUGUAAAGUUUAACACCUGUUUGACAGUAAAUAAAUGUGAAUUUUUUUCCAAAUAGGUAAAAUGUGCAUUUUUAUGUACGAAGCAUAAUUGGCAUCAUCAGUCCUUCAACCCAGCUGUAUCCUGCUUAGAAUGGCUUCUUUACAUUUCAUGAUUUAAGUGUUGAGAAUACAAUAGAAACUGUCUGUAUAGCUCUACAAGAGAGGUCAUCUUUACUAUUCAUUACUCUAGUCACAAUUGGAUAGGAUCAAACUCAGACAUAAUCAGGAUCAUUAGGAAAAUGUACUGUAAUUUCAUAAAUUUACAUAACUUUUAAGUAGACAUCUGUCCUGAAAUUUAAAACAAGGUGGUAAACACCACUAUCCUAUCAGUAAUUAGCAGUUAAUUAUUAGUGAUGAAGAUACAUUGUUGCAGUGGGGAAAACAUGAAUAAGCAGCAUUUGGAUAGCCCUCCAAGAGCUAUCUAAAUAAUUAAUCCAUCACGGCACUGUUUUGAGUCAGAUAAAUAAGCACGAUGGUCCCUAUUUUUAUCAGACUAGAGAACUGCAGAAGGCAGCUGAUGCCCAAAAUGUUACCUACUAAUCAGUGGCAAAAGUCUGAAGUCUGUGUUGCCUUGGUUCUCCAGCCUCUUUUGUCCCUCUCAAUCAAGGCCUCUCAAAGAAACUUCCAAGUACUUUUAUUUAUCACCACUUCCAAAAUUGUGUUCUUUCACACAACUCUAAAAUUAAUGCCCUGUCAUCACAGAGGCCAUGGUUCCAUGUGUGGCUAUUGGCAUUUUCAUGUGUGAUAGCAGCACAAAUUAAUUUGAAAUGUCCAUCAAUUCUGUUAUCUUUGGAAGUCCAUUUGGAAAAUAAAUCAAUGCUGAUUUCAGAAAAAAAAUUGGGGAAAGACUUCCUGUUGUAGAGAGAUUCAAACUGUAAAAAAGAAAAACCACCAAAAUAAACUCCAAACAAACCAAAAUCCAGGUUGAGAUGGAACUGUGGGGCUCAGGUAACCUUGAUGUAUCUCUAUGACUAUGUCACUGUAGCAAUUGCUCUGGAAGAAAAAAAAAAAAAAUAGUAGGAUCUAUGUUGAAGAUGCUAACUCUUGCCAGCAUUUUGCUAACACUUAAAACAUACUAAGUUGGUGGUAGAGUCACUGGAACAUUUAAAUUUAAUCAGAAAUAGCUCACUUCUAUUUAGUAGAGAUGCUUAAAAAUCUAAGGCCUCUCUGAAAUAAGAAUUUGUUCUGAUUCAGGGUAUACAACAGACUCUUUGGAGCAAAAAUUUUUGCUGUGGUCUGUGAGGCAACUUAAAAGUAUACCUACUGCCUUCUAUCUAGGAAAUCAUGUCUUAAGGAUUUAAAAAUGGUGGUGCUCAAGUAAUUACAGUACACAUACUUAAUAAUCUCACCAACUUUCAGCAGAAUCUUCAGCCCUAGUUCAAGCAAGUACUCCUUUUUGUCUAACUAAAGGUGGCAAAACUACAAGCUGGAAAAAGGUUUGUAGCAUUGUGAUCUUAAAUAUAUUCAACUGAAAAUGUAACAAUUAUGUUCUCAUAAACCAAGAAAAUGUAGCUGAUGAACCUAAGAUGAACCAGCUGAACCUAAGUAUCAUAAGGGAAUUCUUUUGUUAGCUUCUUUGUAAUGUAGAUGUUGCUUUUAAGUGAACCUGAUUUUUUUUUUAAUGUUAUGCUAGUGAGUGUUCUGUGUUUAGCUAGCAGCCAAUACCUUGCCAGAUUUCUGUUGGUGUAACUUCUCACUGUAGUAGGUUACAGUAUAAUUAUAUAGCUGACAGCUUAUUGUAAUUUCUUUAUGUUCUCUUCUCGCGCUCCUGCCAUCUUGUCUUGGGAUCAGAAGGACAGAAGAAUUCAGAGGAAGAGUUUGAGGAUAGCGAAAUAAUGACAGCAGAAUUAAUGGAAACAAGUUAUUUCUUCAGGGUCAUCAGUUAACCAGUUCCUAUGAUGGUGCCAAGGAUAUGCUUCUAUUUUAGGCACUGUCUUUCUGAAAAGCUGUAAUUUUCCUAUGGCUAGUAAUCUCCUGUUAGUAUCAGUGUUAACCCUACUGGCUCAGUUCAGUUCUUCCUUGUAACUUCAGUCCAGUUAUAUUAAUUUCUACAAAAAGAUUAAAUGGGAUGUGCAUUUAGUGAACUGUUGUAUAAUGGUGCUAUGCAUUGUUAAUUAUAAAAUACAUCUCAAUUCUACAUAAGUGAACCAUUACAUGAAGACAUGCAACACUGGUAAUACCUUUAUAGUUAAAAUUAACCUUUAUCUGUGAAUUCUACAGUACACCUUCUUUUAAAUUUGAAAUGAAAUUAAUAAUAAAGUUUACAUAUAUUCACUUAUGUAGGCAAUAAAAGGUGUUUCAAAUU